UUUCAAAAAAAAAAAUUCAGUUCCACUGGGAAAAAUAUUUUGUAUUAUUCAUGAAACUUCUAAUCAAAAAUUAAUUGAUGAUUUAUCACCACGAAAUUCACAUAUUGAUUCCACAACACAAUGGAUACCAAAAAUCAGAAAUUCACCAAAAGCUGCUCGAAAAAAAUAG